GCAAACCAGCACGGCAUAGCACGGCUGGCCACCGUGCAGCUUAUGGCGUUUGCUUAUGGCCAGCUUCAACACUGUAUUGCAUCGAACACAGGACGAGGCCACGCAGAAUCUGCUGGGAACUGUUGAUACCCCACUACCGCCACCCCAGCCACCACCCUCAGGCCCAUCGCAGCUUGGUCCGAGCGUGUCAAAUGGAGCACCCAUCCCUCCUGCACUGGAGGUCACAGCUCCCAUCGGCUCGGCUCAGGCCGCAUCAAGGCUGAUGGGAACUGAGACCGAGGACACCAAGCGAUCCCGUGCUGAUGAUGCUCAACGGGAGAAGACUGAGAUGCAAGCCACGUGCUUCCGAAUGGUCUUGAAUGGAGAGAUCGAGUCAGCAGAGAUGGGAAGCGGAGGCCAUGGGCCACUGAUGUGUAUAUUUUCAAUGCAGCAUGGACCAGAUUGGACCGUGGUAUCUGGAGCGUCAGAUGGGAUCACACAACUUGCCUGUGCUUCGGUGCCAACGUCAUCCUUUGUCACCUCUUGGAGGGGUGGUUUGGCCGAGUUUGUGUGGAGCUUUCCUUUGGGAGUGGUCUACAAGUCAACUUCGCCAUUUGGGUGGCCACGCAUCGUGGUGACUGUCUACGGAACAGACCUUUGCAAUCGUCGGGUGGUGAAGGGCUACGGCUCCGUCCAUGUUCCAUGCCAACCUGGAAGGCAUACCCGCACGAUCCGUCUCUACUGCCCUUUGUCUUCCUCGCCCUUGACCAGGCUGUUGGGUGCUUUGUUUGGCAACCCCGCCCAGCUGGUAGAUCCGCGAAUCCUGGCCGGAACAGAUGGACGUGAGGUAAUUCGAGUACAAUCUGGCGGAAAGGUGCGUGUGCACUUUGACGUGAUGCUGAAAGACACCAGUUCUUUCAACUACGCCUUCUGAAACCACUGAUUGUCAGUGGGUGUCACAAUUAGUUGGGGUGAAAGGGCAAGCAGACCUGCCCGCUCGCUUGUGUACCAUAGCAAAAUAAACACGAAAACGAGAACCAAUGCCAGGUGUUGUGUUCCAGGAAUAUCCAAGGUCAAAUCAUGAACCUGGAGGAACAUCUUGAGGGGUUGCUUGGCAGAAGCAGGGAAAAUGACUCGCACUUUCUGGGUUCCCAAAUAAUGAAUC